UUGAAUCUACCAUGCUUAUUUCAGGAAUGGGAGGCAAUGGGAGUAGAGCAACUGCGUCUCAGCACUGUGGAUCUAACUGGAGUUCCCACCUUGCAAAACCUCCACAAGGGUGUCGAAUUCAUACUGAAACACCGAGAACGUGGUAACAGUGUUUAUGUGCACUGCAAGGCAGGACGCUCCCGCAGUGCCACCAUGGUGGCAGCAUAUUUAAUUCAACUGCAUCACUGGAGCCCUCAGGAAGCAAUAGAGGCUAUUGCCAAGAUCCGUCCCCACAUCCUCAUUCGGCACAAACAGGUCCAGGUCCUGGAGGCAUUUCACAGGAACAUAAUUGCUGGGACAACGGCAAAGCAUCAGUAAGAACCAUAAAGAUCUCAGAGUCUCAGCUCCUAAAAAAAAAAAACCCCUUGGAUCUUAAUGAAAUAAUGAAGGUUUAAGUAUUGUAUUUCUUGGCCAUCAAUAAACAAGUUUUUACAAUGCGCUACUUUGAAGGGCAGGUUGGGCUGUUUCAUUAAAGUGUCUCUCCUUA